AUGGAUGUAAUGAAUCCUUUGACAUAUGAUGCAGAAGAAGAUCAAUUGCGUGAAAGAACCAAAUAUAGUGAGAUGGAUAAACUUCUUUUACCAGUUGAAUUUCAACAGCAACCAGUAUCCACUGGUACAACCAUUGUUGCUGUUGAAUAUGAUGGAGGAGUAGUCAUCGGUGCUGAUACACGUACUUCAUCUGGAUCGUUUGUAAUGAAUCGAUUUACCGAUAAAUUAACGAAAAUAACUGAUCGUAUAUUUUGUCUACGAUCUGGUAGUGCAGCUGAUACACAAGCAAUUUCUCAGAUAGUGACGUAUCAACUUGAUUUUCUCAGUGCAGAAGCGAAUGAGCCUCCAUUAGUGCGAACAGCUGCUAAUUGUGUGCGUCGUUUAAUUUAUGAAUAUCGUGAUGAUUUCGUUGCUGGUAUGAUUGUUGCUGGGUGGGACAAAAAGCUUGGCGGACAAGUUUAUUCUUGUCCACUUGGUGGUUUACUUGCUCGGCAACCGAUCUCACUGGGUGGAUCGGGUAGUACAUACAUUUGGGGUUAUCUCGAUAAUAAUUAUCGUCCAAAUAUGACAAAACAAGAAUGUUUUGAUUUCGUACUAAAAGGUAUCACAUUAGCAAUUACACGAGAUGGUUCAAGCGGUGGCUGUGCUCGUUUAGCAAUAAUUGAUCGAGAUGGUGUUGAACGUGUUGAUGUACUUGGCAAUGAUUUACCAAAAGUCUAUGAUCUUUAA